GUGCUGACUCGGCUUCAGUGCGGCGUCGCGUGCGUGAGUGUGGGUUGCCAAGCCUACACCAUGACGGCCUCAUCCAAGGGCUACGUGUGCACCGUCCUCUACAACGUGUACGAACUCACAUACGUGCCCCUGAACCCGGACUUUCUCGUGUACUCGACUCAGGAACGACUGUCAGCUCUGUCGACGACCACGACUCCGCCGCCGCCGCCGUGUGAUCAGACGAACACCUCGCCGCAGAAGAUCUAUCUGGUCGGUUCUUCGGACACCCUGUCGGUCAACUCAAACAAUUACUACGUGAACAGCCAAGACAUCGAGUGGCGAAUCCAAGUUCCUUUGGGGUCCAGCGUGAGUCUGACCUGGCUGACCUUCGAUGUUGAGGUCUACGACGAGGUUUGGCUGGCUGAUCCUUGCACGGGAUCUUCCUACUCCUGGUCCACCUACACUGGCACUUCGCUUCCUCCAGCGUUCACGUCCAUCGGGAACGAAAUGAUCAUCAGGUUUAUAACGGAUAGCUCUGUCAUCCACGCUGGUUUCUCGGUCACUUAUAAUGCAAUUUGAAGAGACACGGAGAGGCACGUGUGGAUGGCAGGACAGGACGUAGAGGUCACGAUAGCUGCUCCUCGCACGGUCGACCAAGGGCGUUGAAGAGAGAAAUACGAGAAAAAAAAGAGAAAACGCAACACAAGUUCAUGGAUAGUUUGAUAGCUGGAGAGAUACCGAAUUG